UUCGUUGCAGUGUCUAUUCUUUUCCUUUGUAAGAAAACUGUUAUACGAGAAGUAAAUUCAACCUAACUGGAUAAAUACAAACACUUAUCUUACGGAUUCAUCCUUUAUUAUGUUAGAAAAAAGGAAUUAGCCUUUAAAGGGAGUCGGCGAUCUGCAACAUAACAUCUAUGAAGGUGCUUGGCCAUGACAAAGAUUCAUACCAAUGUUGUGGAGUUGGUGUAUACCGACCGGACAAACAAACAUGCUGUCUGGAAUCUAGAUCUAUAUAUAGAAUUCACGAUGAUAAACCGGAAAGACAUCAUAUAUGUUGCAGUUUAGAUGUAUAUGCAAGAAGAUCUACCAGCGCACCAUGUCAACAUAUUUCUCGGAAUGAUGCUUUUCUAAGCAAUAAACUACCAAAGCUGGAAACAAAUUACUUAAAACAUUCCAUCACGAAAGCUCUAAUAUGUAGUAAAACAUUUGCAUUUUACGUUAGAAUUGCCAAAGAAAAGGGGUAUGGAGAAAGACUCUUUCUAAAAGCAAGAAUCACACAGUACCGACGAGACGAAAAACAUCUAUGGCAUGUUCAAAAGAGGCAUAAAUUCAUUAUGCUAGACAAAUACAGCUCGGGACGGCUGGGGAGAAAAGGAUUUAUCAUAUUUUCGAACUAUGACUACCUAGAUGAUGUCAUCUUUAUUCGCCGUGACGUAGAUACUGUCUUCAAAGCGCCAAAGAGAAAACGUAUGUUGUUAAAAAGGUUAAGAAAAGUGUACAGUACCUGUAGAUCUAACAAAUCAUGAACGAUAUCAUGAAUGAUAUCAUGAAACCAGGUGGGAAUCUUAGACCAUCUUAUUCAUUCACAAAAAAGUAUCUAAGUUUCCGUAAACAGUGACUAGAACUUUAUAAUCAAACAACAAUCCUCCCCAAAUUCCGAUAUGCGCGCAACUGUAACAGGUAGAACCAGAAGCAUGAACAAAAACUUGACAAGAAGGUGGCAACAUUCUUCGAAGCGGAGCAACGGGUACGGCUUUUCCAGUGAAAUGCGAUAUGGCGGAACCGGAAGUAGGAAAGGCUUUGAUCAGUGUUUUAUCUGCGGAAGAAUAAAUACUGUUGGUAUCUGAACUAGGAUAAUGCGGAAAGACACUCUAAAAACUAUUAUAGCAAAGACAAAUUCCAAACGUUUAAAAAAAUAAAUUUAACAAUGAAUACAUAAACAAUGUAAGUGAACGUAAUGAGACUACUUUGUUAGAAAAAGAUUCCAAAAAUGAGAUUUCAUCAAAAAACAGUAACAUGUGUAUUCUCACAGAUUACUGGAUCGAGGUAUUUGAGAGUAAAACAAAUAGUUUUACAAAUGUAGUUAAUUUGACUUUGAUUUUCUCUAAUAUAUAUUACAUUAACAUAUCUGGUAUAUCUCAAAUAAGAAAUAACUAUAUAGUAAUAUUUCAGUCACACACACAAGAACUUUUCAAUUAAUUCCGUUAAAUAAAAAAUAGAGAAAAUAACACAACAAGUAAGCUACUGCAAAAUGAAUCAAAGUACUGAAUGUACUGAUAGGGAGGCUAUGACAGAAUGUUUCAGACUUAUAGUUUCUUUUCUUUUUGCUUAAAAUGUGCUGUUAUUUCAAUUAUUACCAAAAUAAGAAGAUAUACACAUUAUGUCAUUUUUCCUUACUGUUGUGUUCAACCAUUCAUAUGUAUGGUUAAUAUGGUUGACUAUUCAUUUUGUUAAUAUUCCAGAACAUUUCAUUGAGGUCUACAUUCGGACUGCUAAUCCUGCAAAUUUUGAAAAACCUAAACUGUCAAUAAUAAAUGACAUACCAGAAAGUAUGACGACUGUUCAUUAUAAGAUAACAAUAACAUUUUACAACUGACUGUUCCUUAUCAAAAUAUUCUAGGACUGUUCAUCAUAAAUACUUUAUGUCAUUUUAUUAUCAUUGAAUGAUAAUAACAACUGCAAGUUAUGCAACAUUUUUAUUGAACAUAAAAAUUAUACAUAUUUACAUGUCAUGUACAAUAAUUGAGAUCAAUAAGAUACUGUCUUGUGAUGAGUAUUAAUAUUCAUGCUCUACGGACAGAAAGUUGUCUUCUCCCGAAGCAAAUCUCGAAUAAAAUCCCGUUUCAGAAAAUUAUUCCCAUUUCAUUACUCGUCGCUGACUUUGACGGCUUCGGAUAUUUAUUAAAACUAAAUAUUUCUUGAAAAAAAAACAUAUCUGCAAAGCUUAUUCAAAAUUGAAUCAACCUAAGUGAAAAUUGAUCAGGAAGUUAUAUCUUCUUUUUUUACCACCAACACUCAACCAACUUAUGGUAGUUAAUAGAUAGAUUCUACAUGCAUUUUUAAACCUCACUAGCUUGAAAUAUAACUGCGGAAAAUCUAUUGUUAACAGGCUGUGCGGUUAUUACGUAGGGUUUUCCCUGUCGACCAUUUCCCGCAAAUAGAUGAGAACAUCGAAGCAUCAGUGCUAUGAAUGGUGUUAUAAAUAGCGUGUUUUGGAAGUUUUUGUUGAAACUUCUCCAAAUCCCUCCAGAGACGUGCACGUCGCGGAGAAGGCACACUGCAGGUCAAGGUCAAGUCAUCUCAAGUACCAGAGGUGAUUGGUUGACCUGUCGUGACUUACUCUGGAGGUUUGGCGCUAAUGAAUGCCGUUUUUGUUGUCGUCAGUCAGGAAGUUGAUGCCUUGACAGUAUUGUCGUCUCCUUUACCGCCAACGAACGAAGAAUGGGCUACCAGGAAGAUUCGGCUUGAAAAAGACGUCCCCGAUGCUAUAAUCUCGGACAUAUGGUUAUUCCGGCCCCGAGUAUAAAUAAACUUAAAACACACACUUUUGUUGAAAACAAAACAAAAAAACAACAACACAUUUUCUGUAGUAUUUUUUCAAGUGUUGUAAAAUGAAUACGAAAUUCCUCUUAUGCCGCCGAUUAUUUUUAAAACACAAACAUAUAAGUUUUUUUAUUUGAUUUAUUCAAAUAAACAUUAAUCACUUCAGCGCGCGCAAAUAUCGUUUUCAAAUUAAAGUUUCGUAAGAUAUGUUG